AUGCCUUCACUUGACACACGGGAUGCAGUGAAGCACUAUGAGCUGCGUCACAACGUCUUGCUGCAGAGUAUUCUACCCGGGGGCCUCCUUUCCUCUCUGGAACUGAAGGGGCGUUGUGAGGCUUUUUUGGUGCCGCGACAGGUCUCGCUCGAGGUGCUGCACAUUGCCCCGUACUUUGUAGCUACUGCACAGCGUCUAUCCACCGAGUCGAGCGCCAAAGCCGCACCACCGCUCUCGGCGCUCUUUGGUGGGGAAGACGACGCGGCAGAGAGGGGCGGAUCUCCCCAACAGGGUACUGACGCCACGAAUGAUGGGAGGCGGACCGGCGGCGUGACGUUUCCGCCAGAGAACGCCGACGCUUUCAGGGCUGCCCUCGCCCGGUUUCUCGAGUAUCACCUCCUGCACUUCGACGGCUUUGGAAACUCCGAGUUCACCAACCUUAGCGGUCAGCGCGGCUCCUUCGCCGAAGAUCUGGACCAUGUGAAACGAUUCGGCCACUUUGGCCAAGUCGCGGUCCUUGCUGAUGCCGAUGCGCUCCGACCAAGAGGUUGCGGUGCCAGUGCUGACGGUACCGCCGCAGCCGCUGGCGAUCUUCCAUGCCAUCCCUCGUCUCUACAAAUCUUCAUAAUCGACAAACCUUUGAUGGACUCGGAUGAAGUGCGCCUCGUCAGGGAGACGCUGUACAAGCUCACAGUGUCCGCAGUUUCCGAAAUCGAGACGAAGAUGAGCGCGCCAAGGCUCACGACCACCCUGGUAGACAUACCGUUUUUGAUGGGGGGCCAGGACGCUGGACACGUGACAGCGGACAUGAAGCAAUCGUCGGAACAGUACGCUCUAUCGGCGCCUUCAGCAGCCUGCGUGGCGGCGGCGAACAGAACAGACGCAACAGAUACCAACUCCUGCGAAGGGUCCGUUACCGAAACGGUCGUGAUUGAGGACUUCGAAGCUGAACCGCCGGAGGAUCCUGACCUGGAGGCCUACGUGGCCAAGUACACGCACAUCAGCGAGCGGCAGCGUCAGCGCAGCGAAUCGACUCUCUCGGUGAAGGAAACGUUGAACAGUAGCGGCGCUGCCAGCGCUGAAGAUAAGGUGAUUGCGGCACCGUGUUUGUCCCACUCGCUCCCCUCUGCGCAGGGACACCAAGUCGUUGCUGUGGCUGGUGUUGGCUGCCCUCCAAACGUGUCUAGAGCGGCAGGCACAAAGGCUGCUACUGUCGCCACGACUAGCAUGCACGCCAAUGUUCUCUGCCACGAGUACAGCCGCGAGUGCAUCAAGGACUACCGCCGUGUCGUGGCCGCCGACAAUGAGAUCUUCUACAGCGAGUUUGAGCGGCUGAUGUCGCUGCGGUGCGCAGGCUCGCUGGCGAAGGUGAUGAGCGAGUACGUGUCGAACAAUCAGCACUUGCAGCAGCCGAUUCAGAGUAGUGCUGUGUACAAUAAGUUCGUGGAGAGGUGCCACGCGCUCUUGCGCAGGACCCCGCGUCUCUCCGUGGACAAAGAGCGGAUGACGAUAAUGCAGGAGGGCGUGGAACGGUACGUCACGUCACGCCUCUACCACCAACUCUUCAACGUUUCUGAGGACGAGCGGCGCAAAAACGAGCGAAUGCAGCAGAAGCUCCUCCGGCUGGAGAACAUGGCGCCAGCUGAUUUGGAUGCGCUGCCAGAGGUGGAGCGGCACCACGUGUGGGGCCAGGCGAUGUUUGAGCUGGAUGGCAUGGACUUCUUCAAGUCUCCGCGAGAGAAGCUGCGGUGUGGAAUGCGGUCAUGCGAGCUGUUAAGCCUCGCGGUCGGUGACAUUCUUGGACAGCGCCGCGAAGCCAAGCGAGCAGAGAAGGCUGCCAAAACCGCCGCCUCCGGGAACGCCGGUGGUGUUCCGCUGGCGUUCGGUGCUGAUGAGUUUUUGCCUUGCUUUCUCUUGCUUGUGCUCCGCGCUCGUCCGCUGAGCUUUGUACAGAACGUGCUCUACAUUGAAAAGUUCCGUUGUCCCGCCCUCAUGUCAACGGAGGAGUCGUACUGUCUUGCGACACUGCAGUCGUCCUUGCUAUUCUGGGAGAACUACGGUGAGGACGGACAGAUGAAUCCGGCCUGUGCCACAGCUUCCACGUCUGGUAGCGCUGAAGUGACGUCGCACAACGUGGGCUCAGCAAGCAUGCGCGCACUCACCAAGGCGCCGCCGUCACUUUCGGGGAUAAUGCAGCCACAGCAGCCACCGCCACACAUGACGGAGAACGAUCUGCUGCCCUCUGUGCGACAGGCGUCCUCUACUGGUCGCCAGCAGACCAGGGUGACAAACAUCAGUCAACCAGGCAGUGAAGCAGCAGCAGUCUCUGAGGGGAAACGGAUGGAGGAGGAGGCGCCAACCGUCCUGGAUGUGCUGUUUGGCUGGGCGAACCGGAACUUGGCCCCGCUCGCCAGUGAGAUUGGCCUUGGUGGAAAAGCCGGUGCCUCGGAUGGAGACGGAUCCGCACGUCAGCGUGACAGCCACGGUACUAAGCCGGCUUCUAUCACUGGCUCAGGUGCGGUCGCACACCUGUCCCCACCGCGGGGCACCGUCGCGGCGUUCACCUCCGGCAACGGAAGGGCCGAUGUAGGGCAAGAUACAAGCGUUUCUGCUGAUGUCUUCCACACCGCCUUAGCACCAGCAGUAUCACCGCCCCACUGUGAUUCCAAUAUGUCUUCGCGCACCCGUGUGCGGCAGCUUCUGGUGGCGCAGAAUAAGACCUUUGAACAGCUCACGUUGGCAGAGCUGCAGAUGAUUGUCGAAGAAGCUCGGCAACUCCUACUCGAGGGGAAGUAG